UAUGGCUUUAUCGAAAUGAUAUAGUGUUUAGAGGCAUGGAAUCGAAGGCUGAUCAAGUUUUCGAGCUGGUCAAAUUACGAGUUGUGACAUGGGCAAAAACUAAAUGGCCCCGAGGGUAUGUCUAGGUUCUUGACACAUAUAGGUUUCCAGCCAUGGAUGCGGGUUUGAGGGAAAACAAGACAAGCAGAAAAGUCGAGGAAUGGUGUACUCCACCAUGUGGCGUUAUGAAGUUCAAUGUGCUGAAGCAAGGAUGGGGGGUUAUGAGGAACAAAGAUGGAUGCGUAAAAAUUGUUUUUUCCAAAUCAACAGGGGUGGAUUGACUCAAGCGUGGCUGACAUCAAAGCAAUUGAAAGUAAAUCCUAGGAGAAUGUCAGCGAUAUGGAGAUGUAUUGUCAACCUCCCAUCCAUUGAAGGGGUACAUAACCUUGUGGGAUUUGAUGCAUGUCGUUGGAUAGUGGGCAGUGGCUCAAACGUUCUUUUUUGGCAUGAUCGCUGGCUUUUUUUCAGCUCUCCUCUUAAAUGUGUCUUCCCUAGACUUUUUUCUUUAUGUGUCAACAAGGAUGCCAAGAUUUUUGACUUGUGGAGCCGAGGCUCAUGGAAUGUGCCAUUUCGUUGAACCACUUUUUCUUGGGAACAAGAUACAUAUUUUGAGCUUCUUGGAAUGCUUGCACCUGUGACCCUCAUUCCGAAUAAAGAAGACAAACUUGUGUGGCAUCAUGACCCUAAAGGUAUUUUCUCAGUCAAGUCUUUCAGCUCCAUUCUUGAUUUUUUUCCUAAGGAACAGCAGGUUUGGUUCUCAUCUUUGUGGAAACUUUCUAUUCCUCCAAAGGUCCAAUGCUUUCUCUGGUUAGCUAUUCUUGAUUCUGUCCCAACAAAAACUUUCCUUAGUAAAAGAGAAGUUCACUUUGAAGAGGAACAGUGUAAGUGUGCCUGGUGCGGUGUCGAGGAGGAAUCUUGUUCUCACGUUCUAUUAAGUUGUUCUUUUAGUUGGUCUGUUUGGUGCCAUAUUCUCCAAUCGUAGAAUCUUUCAUGGGCUGCCCCUUGUUCCUUAGCCUCACACAUUCAAAGCUAGUCUCAAUGCUAUCACUGGAACUCAGUCUUGAAACGUUGGAUGGUUGUUUGUGGGGCAACUUUAUGGUCCCUUUGGUUGGCUAGGAAUGAUUCUGUUUUAACAGAAAAGUUUGGGACAGCAAGGAAAUUUUCUUCCUUAUUCGUAUGAGAUCUGCUUUCUGGUUACGAGCAUGUGACGGUAUGCAAUCGGUGGAUGAAAUCGGAUGGUGGACUGAACCAUGGGAGGUAGGGGUUCAUCGCACCCCUCUACACCGCCGCCUUGACAUUCAAUGGUGCCCACCGCCAGAAGGGACUUUGAAAUUUAAUGUUGACGGUUCUGCUAGAGGAAAACCGGGGCUGGCAGGAUGUGGAGAGGUUUUUCGAAACUCAGAGGGAUUUCUCGUUGGGGUGCUCUUUGGCCCUCUUGGAGUUCAGGACUCUAAUUUUGCUGAGAUCAUGGCAAUCAAGCAUGCUCUCCACUUCUUUUCCAUUUCCCCUUUUGCAACCACAAACAAGCUUCUCAUUGAGUCCGAUUCAAAAAUCGCCCUUUCUUGGAUUCUCCAUCCUUGCAAGAGACCUUGGGAUAAAUGGAUGCUUUUUAAUGAUAUUGAUUCUCUUAUUUUGCAGCUCAAGGAAGUCUCUUUCCAACACAUUCUUAGAGAAGGAAACUCUUUUGCUGAUUCUCUUGCGAAAUAUGGAGUUGAUAAAGAGUCUAUGUUCUCUGCCUGGUGGUAGUUUGCCUUUAUUUUCUUCUGUUGCUUUUAUGGCCUAUCCUUCUCCUCACAUGAAGCUGGUUUGGACUUUCUGUUUUUUUUCUUGCUCCCUCACUGAACGUCAUAGAGGUUCUAGGUUGAACUGUGUUUUGUGCUCAGGAUUCUGAUUGUUUGGAGUAGCUAUCCUUUAAUUUGUGUCUUUAUGUCCGACUGUCAAGGUUUGUGCUGUCAGUUUGCAUUUUGUUCAUGAUGUCAAGAUGUCUUAUGUUCUGUACUUAUGGACAAAUGCUGAUCCUUCUUUGUCCUUUUGUUCUUCCUGGAUUUUUCCAGGUUCUCCCUUCUGGGAUGAUUAAUUGAAUAUUUUAUCUGAUUGAGCAAAAAAAAAAUUGAAAGUAACUCACAAAACACAGUCAAAUGGACUAAUUAUUCAUCGGAAGCCUCUUGGAGACUUAGAAAUUUUUUUGCACAUUGAAAGACUGAAGAAGGAAAUGAAGAGAUAGGAGAUUAAACACAUUUUUAGAGUAAGUGACCAACUGGCUGACAGCCUCGGUAAAGUUGGUGUGCAAAGGCAAGGUGAGCUGUUUAAGGUCUUUGAGUAAACUUUUUGGUUAUGAUGCUAUUGUUUUGCAGGGGGAUGUUUUUCUGUUUUCAGAUGUUGGUUGGGAAAGGCUGACUCUUCAGAUCUUGUGAUGUUGUAAUGGUUUUUAUGUGCUUUGAGCUUGAGUUUGUUGGAUGAUUUUUGUUGAGCUGCUGAAUGUACAGGUGCAUUGUGUUUGAGCAUUGAACAGGUCAUGUUUUUCUUUUUGUCAGGUCCAUUUUUGUUUUUGGGAUCAAAAUUGUUUGUGUUGGUCCAGCGUUUUGAACAAGGAUGCUGCCUGGUUUUUUUGGGGUUGUUGCCCCGGGUUUAAGAUGCUAGGACGAUUUUAUGAAUGUGCAGAGCGUGUUGUGAUUAUGAUGUUCAGGGCCUGAGGUGUUUCUGCAGUUGGGGGUUGUAUCAGUUGUAUAGAGUUUAGGUUUUUCUCCUUUGGGGAGGAUUUUAUUAUGAUUUUCUGUAAUCUAAGAAUAUCAAAGCAAAAUCAUCUUGUAUUGACCAGAGGUGAAUGUUUGUUCCCUCUGUUAUGAAUACAGUUGAACUUGCAAAAAAAAAAGAAAAGAAAACAACGCAUGUAGACGGAACCCAACAACGAUAUUAUUGCAAGAAGCAGAAAAUGUUACUGUUUUCUGAAAUGAUACUGAUCAUUUGUGAAGACAAAGUCGCAUAACUUCUUCAGCUUGGAAUUUAUAUACAUGAAUAAGGAUGAUUUUUCAGAAAAUUGCUGCCAAAUUUCUUAGAACUGAUACAUUCAACUAUUUUGCUUUUAUAUCAUCAGAUUGCUGAGCAGAUAAAAGCCUGUCUCAACAUAGGCUCGGAUCCUGUAACCUUCAUUCAGUGGUCUUUCUAGCAGGGGGCUCUUCCUCAAAACCUUGAGGAAACUAAUAAAGAUUUCUUCUCGAAAUACAUCAACAUACUAAAACAAACUUCAGACAUUAUUUGUGAUAGAAUUAAGGAGAUUCCAUGGAUUACUGGUCCUCAAGAACCCAAAGGAUCAGUGUUUAUAAUGGUUAAACUGGACUUGUCACUACUAGAAGGAAUUGAUGAUGAUAUGGACUUUUGUGUUAAGCUGGCUAAGGAGGAAUCUGUCAUUAUCCUGCCAGGCACUUUGCUAGAAAACAACUUUGGUAUGUCAGAAGAAAAGAUUGGAUGGAUUAAGAAUAUGGGUGGUGAAGCUGCUUGGAAUUUGUGCAUGCCAGACAACACAGACCAUCCCAAAGAAAAGAAAUCCAUCAGCAAGCCCAUAACGCGUGGCUUGGUCCAAAUCCAACAAAUGGACUUGUAUGGUUAUGGACCCCUCACUAAGCACCAAUAAAGAAAACAGUUCCAUUUUUCUUACCGUUGUAGCACAGGAGUCAAGGCCCCACCAUCCCCGGCCUUUAACUUUUCGAAAAUCCCCUCCAACGGCUCCUUCCGUUCUUAAACAAACCCUCCAAUUCCAAUCCCUGAGGAACCCCAUCUCCCCUUUUAGUUUUUCCUCUGUCUCAAUCAGAAACCUCUUCCGAACAAACCUCGGAGAUCUCGUCGCAUUGAAUUCUAACAUCAUUUUCUUUCGCUCUUCUUCUCAUUUGCUAUCAGAAAACCCCGCAAAUCUUGCUCUCAAUUAAUUCAAAGGAAAUCAGCUCGAAAGAAAAAUGGAUUCAAUUUCUACCCCACCUUCCCAUCGCUCGAACCCAAACUCUCAGACCAAAUCGGCUUCUCGUUUAGCAAGAAUCGGCUGCUCUGUUAUUGAAUCCGAAGAGCAAAAACGACCCACGAUCCCACAUCUCUCUUUGGACCACAUUUCUCCGUCUCCCAAGAAAACGACAACUCCAACUUCACCAUCCGCUGUUUCUCUCAGAUCAUCUACCAACUCUCUUCCUCUCCAAGAACUUCUGCUUCUCUCCCCCGCUUCUCCUCUGCGAAGAUCAAGAACCCGACUCGCUGAUAGGAUUGAAAUGGCAGAGGAAGGUGCCACAGAGCAAGUUGGUUCUCGGAGGAGAUGCAAAAGCAGAGCUGCCCAGAUGAGUCUUUUGGGAUGUGGCUCGCCUAGGAAUAAUAGAAGGUCAAGGAGGAGAAUGGAGAUUGAGUUAAGAGAAGAUAGGGAUUUGGGCUUGGGUGAAGAGAUGGGGAAACCAAGAAAAAGGAGGCAUAGUGGGAAAUCGAAGAAGGAGAAGCUCAGUUUGGUGCCUUGUCUUCCUUCUUCUAGUUCGUCCCCAAAAACUGCAGAUUCCGGAAAAGAUAAUCUUGACCGAAUAGGGGAAAUGAUUAGUGAUUUGGUUAUGUGGAGAGAUGUCGCAAAGUCAAGCCUGUGGUUUGGAUUUGGAUGUUUAUGUUUCUUGUCUUCCUUUUUCACCAAAGGUGUUACUUUUAGCAUUUUCUCCUUGAUAUCUCAAAUUAGUCUUCUGUUUUUGGGCGUUUCCUUCUUCUCGAACUCAAUAUGUCAUAAUGUUGAGAAGAGGAAUGAAUUCAAGCUGAGAGAAGAAGAGUUUCUGAAACUAGCCAGACUGAUACUUCCAGCUACAAAUCUUGCAAUUUCAAAGACGAGAGAGCUGUUCUCUGGGGAACCAUCCAUGACCCUCAAGGUAGCUCCAUUGCUCCUCCUUGGAGCUGAGUAUGGCCACAUUAUAACCCUGCGGAGGCUCUGUGCAUUUGGGUUUUUCUUAAGCUUCUCCUUGCCAAAACUUUAUUCAUGCUACUCUAGUCAAAUAAAUCAAAAAGUGGGGUACAUGAAACAAUGGGUCAUUGAAGCCUGGGGAGCUUGCUCUCAUAAAAAGGUUGUGGCAGCUUCAGCAGCCACAGCCUUUUGGAAUCUCUCUAGUGUAAAAACUCGUGUUUUCACUGCAUUCAUAUCCCUGGUAAUAAUCCGGUAUUACCGUCAACAUCUAGUGCAAAAGUCAGAUGAAGAAGAGGAGGCAGAAGAACUGGAAGUAGAGCAGCCAGAGCAGGCUUUGGUGGUUGCAGGAGAGAAAUCACAGAACUAAUUUGGUUCUGUACUCGUAUUGAAAUUCUAACACAAUAAAAGUUGUUUUUUCAGUAGACUGAUGAGUAAAGUAUAUUGGUCUAUAGAAAGCUAACAAUGAAGCAUUAAUGUUUGACAUGUAUAAUAAAAAGGCGUUUGUGUUUCUUGUUCA